CCAUCAAUUUUAUAUAAUCGUAACUCGCACAAGCCAACGCCUUCAUCCACUGUUCCAUAGACUCCUGGCUUUCAGCUCCAAGUACGUAGCUUCGGUUGUUCGGCCCAUGAAACACAAUUUUGAAGCUGAAUUGGUCGUCGUUUUCGGCCAAUUCUACACGUACCAAAAAAAAAAUCUGUGUUUAAUUAUCUAUGUACUAUAAAACUAGCAAUUGUAGCGAGAAUAAAUUAUUCGAUUUGUUUUUGAGUUAAACUUAUACUAUAUAAACUUUAUAGUAAAUAAAAUGUAUUUCAAGUUCACUAUUUUGUUAAUAUCGUUUAAUUUAAAUGGUAACCGCGUACUGGGUACACAAGAUGUGCAGCGAGAACUUACCGAUAACGAGGCUCUAGAUGAUGUUUAUGCAUUCCUAAAAACUUGGUGGGAAUUACAACCAGAUCAAAAUAUUACUAUGAAUCAGUUUUUUGAGUUUGUGGGUAUUUCUGAUAUUCAUACUCAUUUAGUAAAUGGGUACUUUAUCCUUUAUCCAAGCGAUAGACUAAUUGUAAGCCAAGACAAUAUAAAUACUCAUAUAUUUAGGUACCUUAUAAGACAAAUUUGCAUUGGAACUGGAAGGGAUCCAAUACGCUUCACUGAAGUUUUAGUGUCAAAACUCCGUCGCAUUCGUCGGGUUACAUUGAGAGAAAUUACUAACGACAGGAAUCUAAAUCACGCUUAUGAAGAAAUGAAAAAGUAUUUUGAAAUACAUCCAAAUAAUAAUAUCACAAUGGAUCAUUUUUAUGCAUUUGUGGGUCCUUCAGCUGAUCACAUAAAUGUAAUAAAUGGGUACUUUAUGCUUUAUCCAAGCGAAAGGCUAAGCCAAGACAAUAUAGAUGUUGCUCUAUUUAAGCGCCUUAUAAGAGCUAUUUGCAAUGAAACUUAUGAGAAUCCCGUUCACUUCACUAAACGAUUACUGUACGCUAUUCGGUGUACACUAAAUUAAAAUGUUUGUAUAUUACCUAUAUAAUAAUUUUUAGGCCAGAAAUAAAUGUUGUUAAUAUAUUUUCUUAAUAA